UGCGGCUUGAAAUAUCAGUUAUAAGCCAACUAGAAACACCUCAAAAGAGUGACAUGUGGUUUGUCUUUGAACCAGACGCCACAGUCAGGAGUGUAGGCCAUCAUGGAGCCAUCGGCUCCGCAUCCUGCGCCGCGCGUGGAGGAGCUGAUCCUCUCCGGCGCGGACGUGAACGUGCUGAACCACACGACGCUGUCGCUGUGGCAUUUCCGACAGCUGGCGCUGGAGCUGCUGCCGUCCGCCGCGUCGGCUGAGCCCGAAGAAGAUCAUGGCGUCAAAACGCCUGAGAUACAUUCCAGCCGCGGUAUCGAGCUGGGCGAAGGCAUGAGCGUGGCUGCCGUGCUGUACGAGCAGUCGAUGGAAGUCUUGAAGCUUGAGAAGAGCAGUGUAGGAGAUGCCGAGCCGGCAGGAGACAAUAAUAACCGGACAGAGAGACCCGUACUACAGCUGCAAGGCGUGACGACACACAUUAAGGGACAAAUGACACCGGGCACCCGCGUCGGCGCCGUGUUCCAGCGCUACCGCUGCGUGCUGUGUCUGGACGCGUCGCCCUCCAUCCUAUCUAUUGAUCCGUCAUCAGGACGGCUCUUCUUGGACUUGUUAUACGAGAGUGUGGAGCUCUUUAUCUGGAGCAUGCUGAGACCCAUGGAAGUGGGAGGUGUAGCUUUCACCCCUGAGAUCCAUGUGUCCGUGCUGGUACAGGGGGCUCUAGUGGAGUCCAUUUGUGUAUUGAUGCAGGGAUAUAUAGUCACGCCGUCAAACGCGGCGGGAUUCUUACAGCUGAUUAAGGAACGAUUCCAGCUCAUUGAGAACGACUGGGCAUCUCAAGCACAGGAACGCGGACAGUAUGGGUAUCUGGGAAAUGCCACACCGGCCUCGCUGGACUGGAUCUUGCAGAACGCGGUGUUUGCACUCAACUCGUUGCCCACAGAUUGCACGCCGAUGAUGGUGCUAGUCACCGAUGGCGUCGUGGAUGUACGGGACGCCUAUUCGUAUGAUAAUUUGCUGAUGCAGCUUGUGCGGCAUGAUAUUCAAUGUCACUUUUUACGGAUUGGUGGUGGAGGAGAUGACGAACUGAAUGCGACGUUUGGUUUUGUACCAGACACUCAUUUGAUACGCUUCGUGGCGGAAUACACAGGUGGAACUGUAUUUGACUACACCGCAAUUCACGAAGCAUGCUACGGUACGACGAGCACUUGCAGCAAUGUUGUGAAGAAGAUGACAGGUUUACAGGAUGCGUGCUUUUUACGCAAGUCGAGUGUGCAUGCGAACUCGGCGCCCGUGGUGAAGCUUAAUGAGAUGGAUAGCACCUCUUUUGAUGGAAGAACUCUGCUACCUCUUCGACCGUAUCGGAUGUGGCGUGAAAAGGUUCAUGAAUACCGUAUUUUUGCUGACGUGAACCGUAUCGUGGAGGCCCGGCUGCGUGAAGGGUUCUCGAUCAAUAAGAUCUAUGUCAAGACUUAUCAGCAGCCUCUUCAGAUAGAUGGAACUGGCGUGGAAUCUCCUCGUAAUGGUGAAGUUCCCAAUGCUUCGAAUGGCUCCAACGAUGUCACCAAGAUUCUGAUUGUGUUCUUACUCCAAUGGAAGCAAAAUGUUUGGCUUGAAUACGUGGUAUCGACGACCACGGACAACUCGGCGUCUUUGGCAGCAUCGGCUACUACGUCUCACACAGGCCGCCGAGGUAGUGGUCAGGGUAUGAAGGGACCUGGUUCAUCAUCUUCGGUAAGAAAAUCUUCUGCUAUCUUUUCCAAGGGCCAGAGAACUGCGUGGAGUGAGUGGUACGUCAAGAUGAAUAUCCUGGCUUACGCGGACUUCCUUCGUGCGUUCGAAGAUACGAUGCAGCGCUCAUCAGCAAAUGGAGAUCGAGGCGGUGCAGCUCGUAGUCCACAGGGUGAUAUUUCCUUGGCAUCACCAGUUUUUGUUCAUGACUUUAUUCGAAACGUUCAAGACGUCGACCGUGUGUUGCUGCAUUUAAUGACGGCAACAGCUAGCAUCAACGAGACCAGUGACUCAGUUGCCAACCAAUUCUCAUUCGGGACAAGUGCAAAUUCCGCGUCUGCGUCCGUGACUCCGAAGAUCACAAGCUCCCAUCCAGUGUUUAACAUUAUUGGCGAACUCUCUACUGUGCUGUGGCAUCGCUGGUUCUUCGUGGAACGCUUUGAGAUUCUUUGCAUCGUUAAGAGCGAUGUAUGCACAGAUCUGUUUUAUCGAAAUGAAAUGCACGGUGUAGUGGAGCGUGGCAAUGCAGGCUCGCAUUUGCGCAGCUCGGGGAAUGUACCACAAGGAAUGAUCCACAGCCAUGGUGCAAAUGUCUAUGGAACGAGCAGUGGGAACAUUUCAAUUGGAGUUGAUAGUCUCGCCGAGCCGCUGAUCGCAAUUCUUGUCAAGUGGUCUUCCCAGAAGCUGUCCCAGGAUUUGUUCUUGAAGUUUCUUCGUCCGUCUGCAGACAAGAGCCACGCGCCACCAAGGGCCAAGGCGUCUCCAUCUUCUGCUACGGCUACGGGGGGGAUUGCUCAACGUCGUCGGCAACGCAGUCUUAACAGUAACGGCGGAGAAGAUCCUACCCAUACUGAAGAGAGCAUGAACUCACAAGAAAGCAAAGGCGCUCUUUGCUUUGUCCGGCUCGAGUUUAAGAACAAAACGCUGUGCGCUGUCCAUGUGGCAUUUUUCGCGACUAGAGCAUCAACCCGCCGCCAAGUGCUGAAUGAUUUAAAGAGCACGAUUUUUGCGGGUAUCAACGAGGUCGCAGUGACGCCUUCUCCAGCCAAAUUGCUCUCGUCAUCGUUGACUGAGACUCCUGUCAUUCUCUGUCAUCGUAUGCUGAGUCGCCUGCUUGUCACGCAUGAUACGCUCCUACUCCACGGACUCGACCAGGAACCCGGACCCUUUGAUUAUUACGUAGCUUCGCCGACACUGGAGGCUGAAAAGAAUGCAGGAGCUAUUCCUCCGUCAACUACAUGCUGUGGAGGUAGUGAGUUGCAGUUGCAUCGCGUUUUCGGUGCAUAUGUUUGGCAUUCGAGUUGGAAAUGGGAAGUGGCAGAUUUACAGGCACUGUUGGACGUGAUGCGUCGUCUUCACGAUGCCCGCAUCAGCUGUGGAUUUUGGGUCUUGGACUGGAAGAUGGGCGAAGGAGAUGAUGGACAGAGUGCACAUGUUGAGAGCGUGAUUUUUGGUCGAGAAAUCUUGAUGGAAGAUGAAAAUGGACAUACCAAGACGGCGCUUGUGCAAUAUGCGCUUCGUCGUGUCUCGGAUACUUGUUUGAUGACCUCUUUCUGGAUGGAACCCCAGCAUGGCACUGUGAAGACACGGUUAUCCGAUGAAGCUGACCAUAACGAUAGGUUUCACUGGAGUUUGAAGCAGGCAAUUGGACACAGCACGCCGUUUGAGAACUAUGAAACUCGUGGAGCGCGUCGAAACAGCACCCCACGAGCUAGAGGCCGGGUUUCUGUAUCUUCAACGAGUUCAUUGGAAGACGAACAGAAGUCUAUGGAGCAGGAGGACGUGAGUAUCGAUUGGAGUGGAGAUUCGAUGUAUCUGGGCGAGAGUGAGCUGUUGCACCUCAUCCGUGGCUACCUUUUCAAGAGUGAUCGUCACUUCCUCUCUUGUCUGUACACGUUUGAUUGCAUCAUUAAUUUGCGCGAGAACAUCGAGCUGCUGAAUCAGUUGAGCAAGGAUGUUGAUGGUGUUGUGGGCUCCAACUGGAUCAUGGAUCGGCAAAUGGCAGCAGAAAAUGGUAUGAUCCUUCCUCCGUUCAGCACAGCCAGACUUUUGGCUACUUCAAAACGAUCAACAGAACAUUUCCUAAUGUAUCUGCAGAAUGGAAAGAGUUCUUCGAGCGGAGAGAGAGAAUCAAGGGUAACUGGGAUUCCGCCUUCAAUCUCUACUGCGAACGAGAAUUUGUAUUCCAUGCUCGAACUUACGCUAAGGGGCCUGAGUGAUUGCGAGGUGUCGUGGACAGACUACAAUGGAGACGUUGUGGCGGACUCGCGUAUGCCUCCCAGCAGCGUGAUUGAAGACGAUCAAUUCUUCAGGGAAGGAAUGGACGGCCAAUUGCCACUGUGGUUAAAGCACCACUUGUCCUUGACUUUCAAAGACCGUGUGCCACACCACGCUCUAAGCAAAGGCAAGUGCUUUGCUAAGCUUGUCAGCGAUGAUUGCGUCGUGUUGGCUUUCUUUCCUUCGUUGGAUACUUUGCAGGUUAAGACGAAGAUUUCGGACAAGGUAUCUGUCGACGACCCGCUGUUUGAUGACAGAUUCCCAAAGGCUCCUGGCAAGGAUGGAGAUCACAAGACUCCUGCGCAACCGUUUUCAGUCCGUGCAGCGGAAGAGGAUGGAACGAAGUCGCGAGCCGUGCGAAUGUCAGUAUCUGCGGACGACAUUGUCUUGUACCAAGAGCGGCGACGCAGCUUCCGCGAAGGAUACAAGUCUUGGCGAAUGGGGCAUUAUCAGGGAUCUCGUGACGAAAAGCAGAGUUACGGCCGAGACUUCCAGAAACUUCGCCUUCCCUCGACACCAGAAGAUCACGAGUUUUGUGAAGACAUCAGUCGUCGUGCGCCAUUUGGUUGUGAUUUCCACCUGCUGAUUGAAAGUACUGGCGGAGUUUUAGGGUCAGGCUUCUUUCAAGUUGCCUUUUACGAGUGUUCGCUCUCCAGGUUGUCCACGGAUUUACACGAUAGAAGUGAUCAGACGCUCGAUCGUGUGGAUCUACCUCACACUAUCCUGAAGCAAUUAUUCUUUUCAAAACGACGUGACAAGCCGAAAGAGGAUCGUCCUGCUAUACCACUUGACCGGAGUGGACUUUGGAAGAAGUCUCCGGCACGAUCACUAUCGGAGUCCAGUGGGAAUUCCCACCACCGAUUAAGCUCUGACAGUAUUCUUGCAUCUCGCCGAUUCCGCAAAAAGGUUAAGCGAGCUCACGAGCAUAAUUUUUCUCGUGGUGUUUACAUGGCUCUACGUGAAGGAGGGGCAGUUCAGCAUAGCGAUUUGCUCCAGGCGCUGUCAAGUUGCAUUGAAGUUCCUGUGGAUGUUGAUAUUACGCUCUUGUAUCGGAUGAUGGAGACAGCCGCGUCGCACAGAAUACCUCCUCUGAGUCCAGCAGCCGCAGCGGUGGUCUCUGCUGGCAUUGGGGCGGAUAUUCUGAAGGAUAAGUUGACUAAGUCUUUCGAGACAAUCUUGUCAAGUGUGUUCGUCCCGAUUGCUGGCACCAAGUAUUACUACUUUACGGGCAGUGAAAAUGCUAUCUAUGAGGACCUGUCUGCGAGUGAGUAUGACUUACACAUUCUCAUGGAAGACUCGGAGGAUGGUGAUGGAGAUGGAGUCGCUGAACGCCAGAGAAAGGAGGAAAAUGAUGGCGCCAUCGCUACUGGGGAAGAACAGCUAAGUCAAAGCGUUGAUUCCCAAGACAACUCCACGACUGCAAACGCGGAAGCAGGAGAAGGUGCUGGCGAAAAGCGUCCGAUUCGGAACAGACGGGGUAGUUUGGGGCGUGAGUUACCGCCUUCCGUGGAUACCUCGACUGAAAGCAGUACAGGGAGUGAGCAGCACCAUGCACACGUUGAGGAGGACGCUGAGUUCAACAAAGAAGUCGCUGUGGCUACGUCUAGCUUUUCAGUGCCUUUCUUCUUUAGGUUUGAAUGCCGCGUGCUCAACGGCUCUCGGGAGACUCGAUCGAAUUCUGCAGACACUCAUGUUCCUAGAGUUACGCCUGACUCGGAAAUGCUCCGUCGAUCUUCCAGUACUGCUGCGUACGAUGAUAUGCGAAAGGAUAUGGUUGCUGAAGAACAACUUGUAUCGCCUAGCAGUCGUCGGGAGGAGUUUAACGCGUUCUUGGAAUCUUUGAAAACAAGUCACAAGUACUCUAACUCGGCCGAUGUGACGCAGAUUGCCGAGACAUGCUCGAAGAUGCCCUCAGGUCGCAUCGCUUUACGACUGGUGACGCUGACAUUGCCAAAUGAACGGGCAUUCGAUGGUCGCGUGCCAUCGCAGAUGCCUUUUGAAAUGGACAGCCAUCCGCAGGCCGGCCAGACGAACGCUUUGCCGUCAAUGCGCUCGCACAGCUUUUCGACGUUGCACUUGUUCCAGCGGCAAGUGUUGACUCGUGUGCGAAAAGAUAUCAAGGAGUGGUGCAGCGUGGAAAUCCUGUCAAUUCUGAAGUCAGCAAACGAAAUCACUCCUGCAAUUGGAGCACUAGUGCAGAGACUCUUCGACGAUCUACCCGAGCAUGCUGUGACGAAAGCGACGUAUCCACUUGAGUUUGUUGGUCGAAGUCAAGAAGCUCCAGUGAAUCCGCUUGAUUUGUUCAAGCGCGAGUUUGAGAAGGGCGAUUUGCUUAACGUUCAUCACUGCAAUGACGUGUAUUUCGUAGUGGAGAAAAAGAACAAAGAUGCGGAUCAAGUCGACGCGGGCUUUGAGAUCCCGUACUGGGCGUACUUUGAGCUGGCAUCUGAUCACGUUAACUUGCGAUUCCACCACCCGGACUGCUUUGAUGCGUCCUCCAACGGGUUCAACCGGCUGGGAGUUCUGACUCGCCUUCAGCUUGGCAUUCGUGCGGUGUGUCGUCGUGUUAACCAGUUUUUGCUGCUGUUCCAACUUCACGAGACUCGGACGUGCAAUGGGCUUCUGCUGCCACCAAAAGGGAACCAACCAUCAAGUCCACGCUCACCGAAGCGGCGGGCUGAAUCCCAAGGUGCGAUGGAUACGACGAGCGGACAGAUGAAACAAGCGAGUUUCUUUUGGCCUGGCCAAUUCGAGUGCGACUUGCGCUACUCUGCAAUUUUUAAGCUUCACGAGCGUUUAGCGCCCAAUUUUGCACUGAAUAUGUUGUGUACGUCAGCGCUGGAGCAGUUCCAAGUUCACAAUCGACGCCAUAUCUUUGUCUACCGCGAUCGCGACGGCCACGUGUUCUACAUGAAGAUCAGCAUAUUCUACGACAAUACACAGCCUCCGGUUGGCAGCCAACCGACCGAAGAGCGACAAGAACGCAGUGGUCUAUCUAGAUCGAAUACUGGAGGAAGCAGUAAUGGAGGUGCAACGAAUUCGACAGCAACAACAACAUCGGGUGUCCCUGGAAUUCGACUCGAAGUGUUUGGUGUAUCCGAAGCCGGUGAAGAAGUGACGCAUGAAUUAUGCCGCCUACUUGAGAGGAAGCUCGAUGAAGCCACGCAGGUCGUGCUUAUGAAGUUGUUGGCGCGGAACACCAAGUUCCAGCUGAGUCCGACAGACCUAGCGUUCUUGUGUCCGCCAGCAGCGGCGCCUGUGAGCACAGUAGAUUACAUUCUCCCUCGCGAAGUGGCUGAUUGUUGUACACUGCUGCACUACUUAUCGCAAACGCUGAAGUUGACGCCAUACAUCCGUCCUGUAACGAGUGGCGGCAUACCCUCUCGAAAUCCACGAGAUUUUGCGAAUAGCUCGUUACGUGGGGCUCGUCGCGGGAGUUUGGUGUCUGCAGGAAGCACCGUAAGCUUACCCAACGAGGAAGUCCCCAAAACAAUAGCCCAAGAUUCCAGUGAAGAAGAAGGGAAAGAAGCAUCCGUUCUACAGGAUAGCGCUCACACGCAUCCCGCUUGCUUCGGUGGCUACCAGACAGCAUUGACUAAGUUCCAGGGAACGUUUGACGUGGCUAUUCGCUCCCCUAUUUUCUUCUCAAAGGGUCAUGAAGAAAUGAAGAGUGUUGCUCCUUCUGGAGAAAAUUCAGCCACGGCUGCACCUGAAAUCGUGGCUCAGGCGACCUACGUUCUCAAUCUGAACCCGGACUUGCGACUCUCGCAAGGAUUUCUGUCUCGAGUUGGGAAGGGCCUUGCUCUCAUGCGAGUUGAUCUUGUACGGAAUAGUCCCAUCAGAACUGAAACGGGAGACAAGGACAAGGAGGAUACGGAGCCAAGGGUGAAGCGUAUGCGUGAUAUUCCGGGACUCGCUGAAUUGUAUUCCGAUUCUGGCGACGCGGUCGAUACUACACUUGUGGUGGCUAGAUGUCAGGUGUGGAUUCGUGGUUCUAUCCAUACAAAAGAACUGAGUCAGGUGGUGGAGACUUUCUUAGAUGAAGCGCUGUACGAUUACCAUAUCGAAUCGAUCAUCAAGAAGCUCGAGUCAAGCAACGGGCGACAUGAUGCAAACAGUGACGAAAGCCACGUGAAAACAAGUACUGUAUCUGAUACUGAGGGGAGACUGCCUUCGGAUGUGGACAAGUUGGUAUCGCUCUUUAAGAGUGCGAGUCGAUUGCCUUCAUCGUCCGUUACUUGUCUCGGAGUGAGCCAAUCGAUUGCGCCUUGGGAUCUUGAAAAUGCUGUGACGCAGAUUCGGAGCUUCCUGUGCUGCCUACCUCAUCACCUACGACCAGCAGUGUAUGCGAAAUCUAGACUGUCUGGUAACUACGAGUGUGUUGCUACUCGCAAUGAGCUAGUCCAUGUAAGCGAACCAAUUCCAGACAAGUUCCGGCUGGUGGUGAAGCAUGUUGACGUGUCGGACCAUUGCGAAGACGUGGACUCAAGUGACUCGGAUGCAGAAACGACAGCAUCAAUGAGUUCAGCUCUUCAUCAACUAAUGCGAGCGGAUUCAGUUCAUUCGGAGAUUUCGGAUAUCGACUCGGUAUCGGGGCGAAUGCCGCUUACAUGGGCGUCCACUUGUGCAAGCUCCGAUGCAAUCUCGCAACUACAGACGGCGCCUUCUGUGUCGUCGACAACUUCAUCGCUGGUUGGAACGAUGGGAGGUCUGUCGCAUCAAUUGCACGUCCCGAAGAAUGCGAGUUUUUCAGAGCGAGAUGUUUUGCUUUAUUCAAGCAGCGGGAGCAGCUACCACCACCACCAGAAGUUGGCGUCUCACGAGCAUCGGGAGGUGAAGCGAUCUUUCUAUUACGUGGUCGACUUGUCCACAAGCAAGGGUCUGCGGGUGUACGGAUACAAUAUGAGCCUGGCUUUGGUGGAGUCAUUGGCAACGUAUUUGGCUCGAGUGCUAACAUGGACUAUGCUUCGGGAAAAGCUGCUUCGGAGUUUGCUACUGGAGAAAUCGGGAAUAUCAGCAGCCGCCCCCUUGGGCUCCAUGGUGUUGCAACCUCGCAGUUUGUUCCUGACCAUCGGAAGGACGGAACGAGCUGGGAAGGGUGUGGGGAAGAAUCUUGCCGUGCUCUGUAAAGACUCUGCCAUCCACUUUAUUGAGUAUCGAACUCCUGUGCUGUCUAUCUUGCAGUCGAACGAAUGGUUCCCCAGAGUGUUGGACGCCAGUCGCCUGCGGUCGAUCGACGGUACCGCGCUUGGAGUGUAUCUGCGUGAGGCGCAGACUCAACCAGCUUUAGAGGCGCUCGACUCACAGUACGCGCGUCCUCGAGGAAAAAGUAACUCGAACCUGGGCGUCUCAAUUGGGCCGCCAAGUAUUCCAGAUCUCACGCGAGAAGUAUCAGGACCGUCGUUAUCGCAGCGGAGUUUACUCAGCAACGGAGAUACGCCAGGAAACCAAGCGUCUGGGAGGACCAGGAGUGGCGGCAUUGUAAGUAGCAGCAACGUAUCGGACAACAUCGCAUCGUCUCCCCACAAGCGGUUGGGUGGACCAAGUCCUGCGUUGCCGUAUCCCAGUGGGAACCGAAGUGAGGCGGCAGCUCGGAUGCGUGGCGGUGCAGGAGCUGCGACUGCGCUGAUGGCAGCACGGGCUCGGGCGAGGGGUGGCAGUGCCUUUCCAGGCCGCAUGGGUGGACCAGGUGUCGGUGCAGCGCGUGGCAACGGGAAUGCUGCUGCAUUAUCUGGGGGUUUUUCUGGAGACAGCGUUGCGCCAUGGGAUUUGCCAUUGAACAACACGAAAGGACCACGACUGCAGGGUGCAGCGAGUGGAGCAGAAACCAAUGCUGAUGCCAGUCACGAUGGUGUCCGUACAGAUCGUACAGGGAAUGAGUCGGUGUCUACAAAACCUGCAUCGAAAGGAUCGUUCAGUGGAGCGAAUCGCCCUGUACGAAGAGGGUCGAGAGGUACUAAUCUAUCUGAGCUUGGGUCAUCGUCGUCUUCGUCGUCGUUGACAGGACUGGCGAUAACUACAGCACCUGCGCUACGAAGAAACACCAGCGACGCGGAUCCGGGCCGUAUCCACAGUUCGUGGAAGAAGCGAUUGGAGUGUGCAUGGGGGCCUCGCUUUUUGUUCCCUGGCAACACGGAGCGAUGGGCUACGAAUGCUACAACCCAGCAGCGACAUUUUAUCGAGCUCGAGGAAGAUGAAGAUCAUCCCAAGAAGAAUCUGACCCCUCUUCUGUUCUAUUGUGCAGCACUGGAGAAGCGAUGGGAAGCUUUCGAGACGCGCUCAACUAGCCACACGGUGAGCAUGAACCUGUUGGAAAAGCUUGCGUCAAUGCGUGCCGAUGAAGAGAUGGAGGAGCCUGUUGCGAAGGAUGUCGUGGCUCAUUUAGUGGAGAGCGGGCAUCUCUUGUUGCACCAACGCUUCCGAGCUGCAUUUGUGGAGCGAUGGGUAGCAGCAGAAAUGAUUGGAUUGUCUGAAGGCGAUGAGAACGGAAUCGUUAGUGGACGUUUGCGUGCUCUACAGUCUUGCAUGAAUCUGGUUCAUUUGCUCAGCUAUAAGCGGGAGUUCGUGUUCGAUCAAGACGAAUGUUCUGUGGCGAAGCUGUACACGGAGCAUACUGUCUUGAGUAUGAACGCAGGUGCUGGCGCUGAUGUACGUGGCAUCAAGCAGCAGGUUGCUGCGAAUUUAGAGCCGUUGCGUCUUGAAGUGGCGAGCGAAUUCUACAAGGAAUACGCAGUGCAUUUGCGCACUCUCGGAUUCCGACGUCUUCGAACGCUAACUACUGGCAGGAGUCAUGCACGUGCAUUCCCUGUGGAUCCCAACGCAAACGAGAGCGAAAUGCCAGGCAGAGAGGGAUUUUCUGAGUACUUUUACCACCCGGAGAGAGCCGCAGCGGAAGCUGGUGGCUGGAAGACAGGUGCAAGCAAUGAUCCACUCUCCAUCGUGGUGCUUGAAGUGAAAUGUGACAAUCGAGGAGUGCUGCUCACUGCUGUUCUUGUAAGCUUGCACGACUUGGAACAACAAGACCUGCGUUUCCAGAAUCGUUUGGCUGCCAAGGCUGGAAAGAGGACUUCUGGAGCAUCUGGAGCUAGGGUGCAGAGUGUAGCGUCGUGGUUACGUGCCCAACUGCAGACUCAGGCUCUCAUCUAUGGGUUCACCAUUCGCUACUUCCAGCAGCAUUUACUUCAGUGGAUUAACGCCUCGCACGAUUUCCAUGACGGCGAAAACGGUCAAGGUCACAGUGUUGGUAAACAUUUAAGCGAAGACGACGCUCUUGUAGUGACUCCACCCCUGCCAUGGAAAAAAGCGUCCACGUUCCAAAACAUCGUCAAAGGACUGCAGUGCUUCUUACAAGCCUUCCCGGAUCCGCCAGAAGAACCCAAAAAGCUCAGUACACCAGCUCCAGCGUCGUCACCAGCCAGACACUCCAACAGCAAGAACACCGUGAUGACCAGGACAAACGAUUCAAGAGCUUCGGGAGUAUCCUCAACGUCUGCACCCCGUAGCAGUGAUGGCCAUCGACCACCUGUGCGAGCUGCAGCGAGGUUUGCUCGACGGGCAGCAACCAAACACCAGCAACCAGCACACAAUCUGGCCCCAACCCAGACGAACACCACUCCAAAGCCUGCACCUUUGUCGCUGCUUUGGCGUGAUUGUGUGAUACGCAUGGUGGCGGUAAAGCUGCAACCUGUGUCACUGCAGUCGAACUGCUCGGAGCUGAUCAUGGUGCAGAUUUUGCUGCGGUACAUUGCAUGUCAUGGCUCGCGUUACGAGUUGCUGGAUCUACUGCAGUUCGGUACACCGGAUGCAGUCGUGUGUCAUUCUUCAUCAGGAAGCUUCUUCCAUCGACCACCGUCCACGAUAACACCGUCGACACGUAAGGUGGAGCCGUUGGGCGGAUAUUCACUGGUGAUCACAACGCAGCCAUUGACGCGCAAGCCUCUGGACAAGGAUUCGGUGCAGCUUUUGCUGCUCAAGAGCACGCCCUCGGAGCUAGGUGUCGGCAAUGGAGUGCUACCAGUUGAACGAGCGCUACAGGAAGCUCAGCUUUUCACUCGAGAGCUGUUCCGCGUUGCUGCUCAACACUAUGAACGCGAUCUGCUAUGGUCUCGACUGCUAUUCGAUGAUUCGCGUGGCCCUGGUGCUGAUGUGGCUCGCACAUUGGCGCUCCCAGCUGACUUGUUUCGUGUCGAAGUGGGGCCGCAGCAGCUUGAAGAGUGUCUGAAGCUGUCGAUCUGUACGCCUUUGGAGGCGUUAGACCCGCGACUGGACGAGUUGCUGCGUGUGUCUGGUGUUUGCUGGCAGGAGCUGGCACUGCGGCUUCGAGAUAUCUACGCAGACCAGCUACGGGAAUUCCAGUUCCAAGAGGAGGACGAGAACAGCAGUCACCUCUUGUUAUUGUGUCCUGACACGUUUGAUCUCAUCAUCCACUUGACAUUCAUCACCCCCAAGGACCCAGUGAUAGCCACAGAACAGGGAGAGGCCAGUGCUAGUGACGGCGAAAGCAACCAUACCUCAAGUGGCAAUGGCAGUCACAGUAGUAGUAUCAACGAGCAGUUCAGCGAGGGUGGCUUCGAGGACGAGUCUGAGGGCAACGUACGUGUGGAGAUCUGCCGUCGUGAGGAACCGACCAACAAACAGUUCACGUUCGCACAGCGACGCUCGAUCUCCGAGUUUGUCAACAGCAUCGUGCACUGGCAGUGGCGGAGUCUCAUCUACGAUUGAAUUGCUCUGCAUUUUGACAUGGCUAUAUGCAGGAAGUUGAAGUUGUAUGUGUAAUUGGCAAGAAAUGUCAGCACCACAUUAAAUCGCUCACGAUUAAGACAAAUAAAGUCUCCAGUGAUCCAUUACAACCGCAUGCUCCACAACUAUCAGCGAUUUGAACGAAACGUAGCGUGCCAAGAAAGUAUCGAC